UGUUGAUUUUCCCCCUCUCUGAGCAAUCAAACUCUUGUGACGGAUGACUUAUUGAUCCGUGGACGUGGACAUUCCUUCCUUGUUUGGAGACGAGAAGCUUUGUUUGAGGACAUCAGGUUUGCCUGAAAGGCAAGAGGAAGGGAUGGCAACAAAGGCCCUGGAUGUUUAGACUCAGAGCAUGGUGACGAUCUCAGACUGGCCUCAACACUUGUAGGUGCUGCAUCUUUGGACUGGAUGUAAAAUUCAACGGGCAAAGAUGGAGCAGUGUUUGGUGAUUGGAAGAAUUUAAAGAGGGUUCAAACAGUGAGGCUCCAGUUAUCAGUAUGGAUAUCUUAAGAAACAGAAAAAAUCCAUGGGUACUCUAUGAGACAGAAGUGCCAUACAGCAGGUUUUGUGAUCCAGCCUGUGGAGUAAGUCCUGCAGAAAAAUUGAGCCCUGAGCACCUGCAGCACCUAAGAAAUGCAUUUACCCAUCCAAAAGCUGGAGCACAGACACACGAAAACAGGCCGAAAGGAAGGAGUAGAAGGAACAGAGGAGGAAAUGAAGAGCAUGGAAUGAAAUUCGAAGAGUUCCGGGAUGUUUUGAGGUCUGUGGUCGGUCCAGAUGUUGAGGACACAUGGGUUGAAAGGUUCUUCAGUGAGGUAGAUAUUCGCUGUACCGGGGAGGUGAAUUGGCAGCAGCUUUGUUCCUACCUGCUUUUGGAGUACACUGAGAGAGAAAGAGCCUCCAUCCCCAGAGCUGCUCUCCUGGACUCCCAGCCACUGAUGAGACACUGCUCUCAUAACAAGCGGGAGCCAACAGUGCGUGUGGUUGCUGUUUCCCACCCUCCUCCGCUCCGCUAUGUCAGUGUCAGUAAGGGAGGCCAGAUCACUGUCUGGAGCAGCAGCCUACACAUCCUCAAAACCCUAGGGCUUGCUGGAGAUCCAACAGAGGAAGUGGCCAACACCAGGAGAUUCAGAGGCUGGACCACUGAUGCUGUCUCUAUGGGCAACGUCCACAAGGUCGCCAUAGCAACUGACUGCAGGGACUUGCAUUUUGUCAAUGUCUCCAUGGGCAGUUUGUUUGAAGAUGUCCACUUGUUUGGGUUUCGUAGUGUCCCGACUGCUCUUUUUUACUGGUAUGAUGUUCAGGUAGGACCACUCCCUUGA